ACGCAACGUAGUAGCUGAAGGUUUCUUUAAAAUGGAGGCGUCUUUAUUCUUGAUCGUCACAAUUUCUCUAAUUGUUGGGUUUGUGUUUUUAAUCUACAUAUUGUCACCGCUUAUUACACCAAAAAGAAUGAAGCUGACCAAGGCACACGUCGUGAUCACGGGAGGUUCCAGUGGUAUUGGUAAAGCUGUUGCUAUGGAGGUCCUCAGGCAAGGAGCUAGUGUAACACUCUUGGCAAGAAAUCAGGAAAGGUUGAAGCAUGCCAAGCUUGAGCUUGAGAAGUACAUUAUUGACAAAGGAUAUCAGAAAAUUCUCUGCAUAUCAGUUGAUCUAGCGAAGGAUUAUGGAUCUGUGGAACAGGCCAUUCAAAAGUCAGUGGAAGUGAUCGGGCCAUGUGAUAUGCUGAUUAACAGUGCAGGAAAGUCUAGUGCACUAGCCUUUGAAGAGCUGGAGAUAUCUGAAUUCAAGAAAGACAUGGAGGUGAAUUACCUUGGCUCAGUGUAUGCUACACGAGCUGUGUUACCUUACAUGAAGAAGAGAUCACAGGGCCGCAUCAUCUUCAUCUCAUCUCAGGCUGGGCAGCUUGGUCUCUAUGGUUACUCCUCUUACAGCGGAUCAAAGUUUGCUCUCAGAGGAUUUGCAGAAGCUCUUCAGAUGGAGGUAAAGCCAUAUAACAUCUAUGUGACCCUCAACUUUCCUCCUGAUACGGACACCCCUAUGCUUCAAGCUGAGUUAGAGACACAGCCAGAAGAAACAAGAUUGAUAUCUGAAACAUCAGGACUGUAUGCUGCUCAGGAUGUAGCAAGAAUUAUUGUGCAAGAUUCUCUUAAUGCAGUGUUUCUAAGCUAUGUGGGCAUGGAUGGUUACAUGUUAUCUAUCUUAACAUGUGGUAUGUCACCAGUCACAUCUAUGAUGGUUGGAGUACAACAGGUUGCAUUUAUGGGUUUGUUCAGGUUCAUUUCUCAUCUGUAUCUUGGAAGCUUUGAUAGAAUCAUAAGGAGGUGCAAAGAAGAACGAGACAUGAUGGAAGAUGAUCAAUCCAAAGACAAAUGAAAUCUAACUCCUCCUCGCCUGCUUACAAAUGUCAAAACGUAUCCGGCAUGAAACUAACCUGGCUGUUGGAUGAGGAUGAAAGAAUUUUAUUACGAGCCAUUUUUCAGAUUUCUGAAAUCAGAAACUUGAAGGGUAGCAGGAAAGAGUAAUUUUUUGGAAAUAUAUUCAUUUUUGGAAAAGGAUGGAUUGAUAUAUUAUAUAGUGUGUAAAUUAUGACUGUUAUUCUAGGGGGAAAUGGCUGUCAGCAUAUGUCUAGAAUGGUUUUAGCCUUCUAGUCACUAUGUGAAGUAUUUCUUACUAUUCUUCACAAUGACCAUAACAUUUCAGAUCAAUGUGAUUUUAAAAAAUUUCUGUGUGUAGGAAAAUAAUCAUGAUGUCCUAGGGCAAGGACGAUGAUUAAUUUCAGGAGAUAUUUGAUGAAAGUCUUCCGAUGAUGUUAGGAUGACAUGCCCUGCCACACUACAAAUGAUUUCUGACUAUGAUUUAGAUUAUCCUGCCAUUCAUAACCCCUCAGUUUAUUUUGGAUUCGUCCGACAUGAAAUGAAACUGUGCUUUAGAUUGAAGGUCAUGAAAGACAUGAAUUGAUAGAUAGUAGACUUUCAAUUGCUUGUAUCCCAGAACAUCUGGCAUCCAUGAUACUGCCUUCUCAUGAUGAACCAAUUCCAUAACACCUGUCUACUAAUAUUUUGUUAACCCAUUGCUUACUGGAACCUGGUGUUCCCUGUGUUAUGUCUAUGGGAAUUAGAUAAUUCAGUAGUCAACGAGUCAAUAUUGCACGUUUCUCUCCCCAAACCUUGCUUAAUAUUUAUUUGAUUCACCUGCUAUGCAAAGUAAAAUCUGUAUGGAUUGAAUUCACUUUGCAUGCAUUAUUUGUUGAUAUGUUGGUGAUGCCUCUAGCAAGCAUUUCAAGAGAAAAAUUUGUGCAAAAGGUAUGCAUAAAAUGAGUAUACAGGUCUUUUGAAUAAUUAUAUAAUAUGGACUGGCCUUGAGGGAGAUACCACAUAAUAUUUCCCAAACUAGACUCAUAUUGCCC